GGUGGCCGCAUGUUUUGUCACCCGGAGCGGGGAUAGAGGGAGACCCAGGCCCCUCACCCGGAGCGGGGAGAGAGGGAGACCCAGCCCCCUCACCCGGAGCGGGGAGAGAGGGAGACCCAGCCCCCUCACCCGGAGCGGGGAGAGAGGGAGACUCAGCCCCCUCACCCGGAGCGGGGAGAGAGGGAGACCCAGCCCCCUCACCCGGAGCGGGGAGAGAGGGAGACCCAGCCCCCUCACCCGGAGCGGGGAGAGAGGGAGACCCAGCCCCCUCACCCGGAGCGGGGAGAGAGGGAGACCCAGCCCCCUCACCCGGAGCGGGGAGAGAGGGAGACCCAGCCCCCUCACCCGGAGCGGGGAGAGAGGGAGACCCAGCCCCCUCACCCGGAGCGGAGAGAGAGGGAUUGCAAGCGACCCGGUCCUGACAACAUGCCGCGAUCACGGCGAGAUAAGCGGGUUUCUUUGACUAAAACAACGAAGAAAGGAUUACAAGUCAAACAGAACCUGAUCGAGGAGUUACGAAAAUGUGUGGACACCUACAAGAAUCUAUUUGUCUUUUCUGUUGAGAAUAUGCGAAAUAACAAAUUGAAGGAUAUGCGGAGUGCUUGGAAGCAUAGCCGGUUUUUCUUUGGUAAAAACAAAGUGAUGAUGGUGGCACUGGGAAAAGAACCAGCAGAUGAAUACAAGGAUGGUUUGCACAAGGUCAGCAAGCAGUUGCAAGGUGAAGUUGGUCUUCUGUUCACUAAUCGAACAAAAGUGCAAGUGAUCAAGUGGUUUGAGCAGUACACAGAGUCUGAUUUUGCUCGUGCUGGGAAUGUAGCUACAAUGGCCGUUACACUCGAUGCUGGGCCCCUGCCACAGUUCACACACUCUCUUGAGCCACAAUUGCGACAGCUUGGGUUACCAACCACUCUGAAGAAAGGUGUUGUGACAUUAUUAUCUGAUUAUGAUGUAUGUAAAGAAGGUGCCUCGCUGACCCCUGAACAAGCACGUCUUCUGAAACUGCUUGGUGUUGAAAUGGCAACCUUCAAAGUGACAAUAAACUGCAUGUGGAACUCUGAGACUGGUGAAUUUGAGCAACUGACAACUGAUGGAAGGAACAAGCAAAAGGUGGAGGAGAUGGAAGAGCAGGAGUGACUGAAUGCAAGUUGAAGAGCUCAGCCUGCAUACUUCAAAAGUGUCAAUCUUCAAUGACUAAUGAACAAUUUCACAGUCAUUUGGGAGAACAACUAUUGCAAAUGUGGACAUUGAAUUUUGUGAGCAUUUUUAAUAAAGUUUAGAACUUCAACAGA